AUGUGUACUCAUUAUAAUCCAUGAGAAAUCAAAUCAGAGCAUAAAUCUAUUUGCAUUCAUUAUCCUAUCAGGCAGCUGAUUUUACAUUUUAAAAAUGAUAUCACAUCCUCCAAUAUUAUUUGUUACUUUUUGCUUUUUGCAUUUCAUUCUUGAAAUUGCUUGGGAAGGAAAAGGUAUUUAACUACAAAUAAUUUCAGGAAGCAAGUGUGCUCUGAAGUCCGAACUGCCGAAUCUCUUGUCAACUCCAGCAAACUAGCAGAGCCUUCUAUCACCAAAUAAAAGGGCUGUGAUGUCGCUACGUCAGCUACUGGGAUGGUCAGAUGGAGAGGUGAUGCGGCCGGAGUCAAAGCCGUGUUCCCGACUGAUGCGCCACACUGCUGGUAUCUUCUCAGUUGGUGGUGGCCUUGCUUUCUGGGUGCUUUGCCGCCUUCACUAUGGUCCAAGGAUAACGGUUCCAAGGAGUCUCAGGUGGGCAUCCUGUGGAGCGAUGGGCACGAGCGCGACGGCAGCCAUGCUUGUGCGGCUCUUCAGCCCGGAGUGUGAACCACAGAACAUAGCAGCUUUCGACAGACCUGAAUACAAGCCUGCAUAGUGUCAUGGAAAUCCAGGGCCAGGUCUGCCAAGCCCUAUGCGAGUUUGCUGAUUCGGCCCUUGGUGAUGCCUUACAAGAUGUUUAUGCAUAAAU